GGGGAUUUGCACGUGUGAGAGAGCAAGAGAAAUCGUUUACAAACAUGUUUGCUGAAGAGGAAUGGACUGAUUCUCCAUCACUAAAUGGAUCCUCUCUGUCUGCUAAAUUGUCUCCUGCAUCUGGCAAGAAAAAAGCUGUGGGUAAACAAAGUCUUUUGAAAACCUUGCAAACACUGGGUUCAGUUCCAGACUGGGAAGUUGGGAAAGCUGUUGAGGAGGAUAGUGACGAGGAGAAAGACGCGUCCACUGCAGUCAAGAAACCAAAAAAGAAAAGAUGCAAAAAGCGUAAAAGAAAAUCUAACGCUGAUAAUAAAGAGAAGCAGAUGGGGGAAGAGGAUUCUGAAACACCAGUAAAGAAGAAAAAGAUGACGACAAAACCAGUGAAGAAGACGGUGAAGAAAACAAAAAGAUCAGUGGUGUCAGAAGAGCCCAAAAAAGAUGACGAAGCAGUCGGAGCUGAGUUGGAGAAAAACGAAAGUCAGACAGAGAAAAAGCUGAGCAGACAGCAGUGGAAGAACAAGAUGAAGAACAAAAGAAAGAGUAAAAACAAAUAUCUUCCAAAACCGACAAGUGUUGAUGAUACCAGUCCACAGAAGGAAACAUUAGUUCAAACACAGGAUGUCAAAGAAUCCAAGAACCCCCCGAAACCUGACAGGACAUCCAAAAAAACGUCCAAAAAAAUUAACAAGAUAAUUGAAAAGAAUGGGAUUUCCUCCAUUGUGGACAAUUCUGGAACUUGCACAGACUCUAAAACAGAUAAAACAAUCAUCACAGAAACUAUAAAAGUUGACGACUCCCUGAUCAACAACACCUCACAAGAAAUAGGAGAAACCGACAAACAUGCAAAAAAGACAAAAAAAUUACAGGCCGAGAAACUGCGUCGUAUUUUGAAGUCAAAGUCAAGUUGUACUGAUAGUAAUAAAGUCACUAAGACCCCAGAAGAUGCAGCGGUGGAUGUGAAGGGUGUUGAAGAGAAAACAGCUCCUCUUGACCCUUCCACUGCUUUAAGGUUAAAGAUGGAGAAGCAGUUAGAAGCUGCUCGUUUUCGCUUCAUCAAUGAGCAGCUCUACACAUCCACCAGCGCUGCGGCCAAACGCAUGUUUCAGCAGGAUCCAGAAGCCAUCACCAUUUAUCACAAGGGCUACACAACACAGGUUCAACACUGGCCCACAAACCCUGUGGAUUCCAUCAUCUCCUAUAUUUGUCAGAAACCGGCUUCUUUAGUUGUUGCAGACUUUGGUUGUGGAGACUGUAAAAUUGCCCGGAGUGUCAAAAACAAAGUACACUCUUUUGAUCUGGCUCCGGUUUGUGAUCUUGCCACUGCUUGUGACAUGGCCAAAGUUCCUCUUGGUGAUUCUACUGUGAAUAUCGCUGUUUUCUGUCUUUCUCUGAUGGGGACGAAUCUGGGAGACUUUUUGGCAGAAGCAAACAGAGUCCUGGUGAUGGGCGGGGUUCUUAAAAUAGCUGAAGUGGCCAGUAGAUUUGAAAACGUGCAUUCGUUUGUUCGUGCAUUGUCAAAUAUGGGCUUCAAGAUAGUCAACAAGGACACCGAAAAUAGCCACUUCUUCUCCUUCGAAUUCAUAAAGACCAGAAAAGCACCGGAGAACACAAAGAAAUUCGGACUUCAGCUGAAACCUUGUUUGUAUAAGAAACGAUAAAUGUGUUAAAACUAAA